AUGCCUAUACAAUCAAAGAAAAAGACGACAGCAGUUGUUGUACCAAAACAACAACAACCUGUUGUUUCGACUGCAGCGGCUACAAAGAAGAAGACAGCAGUCCCAACAAAGGCUAAGGCAACAACAGCAAAAGUUGUAGAGCCAGUGGUUGUCGAGACUCCAGUAGAUGACCCAAGCGUAUUGAGCAUGGUAGAGAGUGCAGUAAAGGAUGUUAGCGAGCAUCCAGAACACUUUAUCGAUAAACCAACACAGAUCCAACAAUUGACUACCAAGGUACUCGAGAGAUUAUAUAACUAUUCCAAGGCAAAGGAGGUACAGCCCACUGAUGCACUGGAUAGACUGAUGCUGGAGGGAUUCGAUAAUGAACAGAUUUGGGCACAAAUACAAUUGUUCAAUGAUCCAAUGUUGGAUUACAUCACCAAACAAGUACAGAUGUUGCAGCAGAAUGAUGACGACGAGGAUGAGGACGACGAAGAUGCAGACCAGUACAGUGAGGAUGAUUAUGAGUUGGAGGACGACGAGGAGUUGGAGGAUGAUGCCGAGUUCAGCGACGAAGGUGACCUCCAAGAUGGCAGUUUUGACGAUGAUGGAAUCAGUGGCAGCCUUGAAGACGAGGACGAUGACGAGCAGCUCGAUGAUGACGAUGAAGAUAACGAGGAGUUCGAUGAUGAUGAGCUCGAUGGAGAGGAUGACGACGAGGACCUCGAAGACGACGACGAGGAGGAUGGUGAUGAGGAUCAGAAGCUAAUGUCAAGACCAGCCACAAAGGGCAAAGAUAUGAACUUCUUCAAUCAAGAGGAGAUGGAGAAGUUCUUGGACGACGCCGAUGAGGAGGAGCGUGACUCUGACAAGUCCGAGGACUUUGACGAGGAUGACGAGGAUGAGGAAGGAGGAUUUGGAUUCGCCGAGGGCGAGAUGGACGAAGAGGAAGCCAGACUCGACAAACUGCUGGACAAAUACAUAGAGAAGGAAGGUGUAGCCAAGAAGGAGAAGACCAAGCAAGUCAAGCCAGAGGACAUGAAGUUUGACGACUUCUUCAAGAAUCCAGACGAGGAUGAGGAGGAAGAGUUCCCAAUGGAGAGAGACGAUGAUGAUAUGGAUGAUGAUGAUUUGGACUUGGACGACGAUCUGGCAGAGGACGCCACCGCUGGUGACGACUCGGAAUCAACACUGCCAAAGGAGGAGCUGUCUGCCUUUGAGAAGAGAGCACAGAAGGUACAAGAGAGAAUCAGAGAGCUCGAGAAACAGAACUUGAAGAAGAAGAAGUGGACUGUCAUUGGUGAGGCUGCUGCAAAGGAUCGUCCAGUCAACUCGCUGUUGGAGGAGCAUCUGGAUUUUGAAUAUACACAAAAGGUCGCGCCAGUUAUUACCGAGGAGACCAACAAGUCCUUGGAGGACAUUAUCAAGAAGAGGAUAUUCGAGAAAAACUUUAGCGAUGUAAUUAGAAAGACUGAGGAGGAGUUUGAGCAGAAGUUCAAGGCAAAGGUUGAGCUCAAUGAUCAGAAGAAUGCUGAGGGUCUGAGCUCAGUCUAUGAGAAGGACUUUUUGACCAAGGCUAUGGGAGUAGAGUUGACAGACGAGACAAAGGAGAAGCAUGAGAAGAUUCACACAUUGCUGGAAGCUCUGAUGUACAAGCUGGACUCACUUACCAACUUCAACUACACACCAAAGCGCAUCAAGAAUAAGGAGCUCAAUAUCACCAAUACACAGUCGAUCUCCAUCGAGGAGAAGAUUCCAGUGGCCACAAGCACCGCACAGCUGGUGGCACCAGAGGAGGUGUACUUCAAGCAGAAUGCCGACGAGAAGGGAUACUCAGAGAUGUCGAAAGAGGAGAAGAAGCAGCUGCGAAGCAAGACCAAGGAGAUGUGGCGCAAGGACAAGAAGGAGAAGGAUGCAAAGGAGCUCAAGGCCGAGAAGACAAACGCCAAUCUCGCCAAGAGGAACGAGACCAGACGUGCAAUGGAGCAUCUCAAAGCAUCAAGGAACACAACCAUCAUCGACCCAAGCAAGACCAGGAAGCAUAUAUCAUCUGGCAACGUCUUUGCCAAGCUCCAAGAAGAGCAAGAUAACAAGAGAAAGGGUGGAGACGACAGCAAUGGCAAUGGCAACAGAAACAGCAAGAAGCCCAAGGUAUCAAACGAAUCAGGUGCCAAGUUCAAAUUGUAG